UUUGGAAAAAUACAUUACUGCAGGCUAAGACUGCUGUGUUUUAAAAAGCCUGGAUGCUGUGAAAAAGUGAACAAAAAGCUAUUUCAAGACCUUCAAUUUCUGAAGUCGCUUUCAUACAGGUACAUUAAAGCAUUUCAAUUCACCACUGAGCAGUUAUGCAACAAAGUAUUCAAGUCAGAGCGAGAACAAAUGUAAAUCCCUCUGAUCAACCGUUCAUCUGAAUAUUGAACAUCAACCAGCGAUGACCUUUGUGUUUUCAUCCAGCAGGGGGAGACAGGAGUGUUGUGAUCAAAGGAUGAAUGGCUCUGGCUGGCAAGGUGGUGAAGAGCCUCCUGGGGGCCAAGUGUACGAGGUGACGGUGGUCCAAAACGCCACGGCCCCUCACAACUAUCCCUUUGCAGACGUUGCCCUGCUGCAGACCUUCAAACCCCUUAUCAUCCCCUGUUACGUUCUUGUGGUGCUGGUGGGCGUCUUUGGCAACUACCUUCUGAUCUACGUCAUCUGCCGCUCAAGAAAGAUGCAUAACGUCACCAACUUCUUCAUCGGCAACCUGGCCUUCUCGGACAUGCUGAUGUGCGUGACCUGCGUUCCCUUCACGCUGGCCUACGCCUUCAGCCCUCACGGGUGGACGUUCGGACGCUUCAUGUGCUACCUGGUGUUCCUCAUCCAGCCCGUCACUGUAUACGUGUCCGUUUUCACUCUCACGGCUAUUGCAGUUGACAGGUACUAUGCUACAGUGCACCCUUUGAAGAAGCGAAUCUCAAUGGCAGCCUGCGCUUAUGUCCUGUCUGGGAUCUGGCUGCUGUCGUGUGUGCUGGUUGCUCCUGCUGUGGCCCACACCUAUCAUGUGGAGUUCAGAGAGGAAGGUCUGACCAUCUGCGAGGAGUUCUGGUUGGGCCAGGAGACCCAGCGACUGGUGUACGCCUACAGCACGCUACUACUGACCUACAUCCUGCCUUUAUCCGCUGUGUGCGUCUCUUACCUCUGCAUCUCGGUCAAACUCCGCAACUGCGUGGCCCCCGGACACCGGACGCGCGACCAGGCCGAGGCCCAGCGGGCACGCAAGAGGAAGAUCUUCAGGCUGGUGUCUCUAGUGGUGGCGGCGUUCGGAGUCUGCUGGCUGCCCAUCCACGUGUUCAAUGUCCUGCGCGACAUCGACAUUCGUCUCAUCAACAAGCGUCAUUUUCUGCUGAUCCAGCUGUUGUGUCAUCUGUGCGCUAUGAGCUCAUCCUGCUGCAACCCAUUCCUGUACGCGUGGCUUCAUGACCGUUUUCGCGCAGAGCUGCGCAAGAUGUUCACCUGCCACCGUCGCAUCGGCAUACCGGCCAACCACUGCGCCACUGCGAGCGUCGUACUAUGAUGGCUUCAGAAAGGCUGAAAACACAAAGAUCUAUAAAUGGCUCACAAAAUGUAUAAAAUAAAUUUUUGGGUCCAGACAUGACGAAUAGAAACCCUUAAGUAACUGAGGGACUGCAAAAGCCAACUUGAAUGAUUCAUUACGUGUCAUUUAAUGAUUCAUUGCUAUUUGUUGAAAUGAAACAGAUGAUUGUAACCUUCAUGUUGGGCUUUUCUCAAAGAAGCCCACAAGGUUACAUAAAGUGGCAUUCGCAACCCAUUUGCUUCUGUAAUGUGAUGUUUUGUGAGUAAAACAGGAUAUUUAAUGUGAAUUAAGAAGGAUGGGGGUCAGUUUUACCCAUCAGGAACUGAUCUGAUGUUGAAAAGCAUCUCUAUACAAAAGGUGGAGAUGUUGAGUCUGAGCAAGAUGUUCCAUUUUGUUUACAAGAAAAUCCAAAAACACGUAUUAAAGUAGUAAACGGGGUCAGUUUUGAUUUCAUGUUGACUCCACUAAUGGCUAUAUUUUGCAAUUUGCUUUCCCAUCAGCAAUUUCCUGUGUAUGAAUCAUGAAUCAAGAGGAUUUUGUGAUUAUUCAGUACACUAGAGCUCUGCAAAUGUGCAGUGCAAUAUGUGAACACUCACUUGAUAAUCAAAGACAUGACAGUCUGAUUCAUAAUGAAUGGGAGAGCCUAGAGACACACAUUUGAGUCAAACACACACAAACAGAGAACAACAAAGUGAACUGAUUCAUCUGUGCUUUCAUGAGAAAGCUUC